UCUCUUACCGACAUUUUACCGACCGAUGAAAAUCAUUUUUGGCCAAUUUUUAUAAGGUUUUGCCGCUUGGGGAGUGAGAGCCUUUAUGUUCUUUGAACUAGUUUUUUGCUGAAACAUCACCCAUUUAACAAUUUUUUCAAAGUUGAAAUCGCGAAGUUGGCCCGGCUUAAGUUCGCCUUGAAAUUUUAAAACCGGACUGGAAUCCCAUUGGCUUCUCAGAUAACUAGAAUCGAGUGCAAUGUGAUCACGUAAUGGCGGGUAAGGCGUUACAGUGGAAAUUAGUGGGCGAUCCCAGUGGCCCCCAGCCCAGGCCAAGGCACGGACACCGAGCAGUUGCCAUAAAAGACUUGAUGGUAGUUUUCGGCGGAGGGAACGAAGGAAUUGUUGACGAAUUGCAUGUUUACAAUACAGCAACAAAUCAGUGGUUUGUACCUAGCACAAAAGGAGAUGUCCCACCAGGUUGUGCAGCAUAUGGGUUUGUUGUGGAAGGCACCAGGCUUCUUGUCUUUGGUGGCAUGGUAGAAUAUGGAAAAUACAGUAACGAAUUAUAUGAACUUCAGGCUUCAAAAUGGGAAUGGAAAAAGUUGAAACCAAAACCACCAAAAUUGGGCCCACCUCCUUGUCCACGUCUAGGCCACAGCUUCACAUUGGUCAACUCAAAAGUUUACUUGUUUGGUGGUUUGGCUAAUGAUAGUGCUGACCCCAAGAAUAAUGUACCACGCUAUCUAAAUGACUUAUACACACUAGACAUUAGAAGUACUCCAGUUCAGUGGGAAAUACCAUUGACAAAUGGACCAUCUCCACCACCCAGGGAAUCUCAUACAGGAGUGGCUUACUGCGAUAAGAAAGAUAAAGGAAGAUCCUUCCUAGUAAUAUAUGGAGGCAUGAGUGGGUGUAGGCUAGGUGACCUAUGGUUCCUAGAAACAGAAACAAUGACAUGGUUGAAGCCUCAUGUCACUGGCAUUACCCCUCUGCCAAGAUCUCUACAUACAGCUACCCUGAUUGGUCACAGGAUGUUCAUAUUUGGUGGCUGGGUGCCAGUGGUGGCUGAUGAUGUUAAGACAGCUACAAAUGAGAAGGAAUGGAAGUGUACCAGCACCAUGGCAUGUCUGAAUUUAGAAACAAUGAACUGGGAUGACUUGAGCAUUGCUUCAGAAAAUGAAAAUAUGGUGCCAUGUGCUAGAGCUGGACAUUGUGCUGUAGGCAUUAGCACUCGUCUUUAUAUUUGGUCUGGUAGAGAUGGAUAUAGGAAAGCAUGGAAGAAUCAGGUAUGUUGCAAAGAUCUAUGGUAUUUAGAAGUGGAUAAACCUCCUGCACCUAGUAGAGUUUCCCUGGUUAAAGCAGGAACUCAGUCCUUAGAGGUUAACUGGGUUGGCUCACCUUCAGUCCAGAGCUAUGUUUUACAGAUCCAGAAAUAUGACUUACCGCCGCCACCAGUGGCAACUCCGAAAUCGACGGCCCCAGCACAAACCCCCGUAACUGUUCCACCCCUUCUGUCCUCCCCAAAACCAGCACAAACCAUUGUAGGGUCUCCAAACACUCCCACACAAGGUGCCAAGGUCCAAAUAGUGUCCAAUCAGACUCCAGCCACGCCCAAGGUUGUUACUCCAAUAAUUAAAGGUACUCCCAUAAGAGUGCAAAGCACUACAGGUACUCCAGUCCGGCAAAUCACACCACAACUGGUUAGCAAACAGGUGCUGGUCAAACAGGGUGGUAAUGUUAUACAAAAAACAACUACUCCGAGUGGAGUUCAACAGCAAGUUGUGACAUUGGUGAAAACGAGUCAAGGGAUGACUUUGGCUGCAUUGCCCAAAGGUAGCAAUUUGGUCCAGGCUAAGGCUCCAGGAACAGUGGUGCAACAACAAGCUAAGAAUACAAUUGUGAAAAUUGUACCAAAUAGCCCUGGUAACAAGAUGUUAACAACUUUGAAGACGAUUCCUUCUAAUAUGAUACAGAUGAAUAAAACUACUGGCAAAUUGGUGCUUUCCAAAGGAACUGGACAACCCAUUCAAACUAUAGGUAACCAACAAGUACUAGUUGUUAGUUCAAAUGCAGGUUUGAAGAAUAUACAAACUCUAACAAACGCUCAAGCAGUGAAUCUAGGCAAUGUGAAAACAACCACUAUAAAUGCUCAGCCAGUAGCGACAGCCUCUUCUUUAGCCGGUCUUCAAGGAGUUAAAAUAGCUGGAAAGCCAAUCACAAUCUCAAUGCCAAUGCAAGUCGUUGGAUCACCGAAAACUGUCACGAUUUCCAAAAACACUAAACAAGUCAUGAUUGGAGGGAAACAAGUAACUGUACAAAUGGCGACGGGAGGCAACAAGACUUUGACUUUGGUGCAACCAAAUCAAGCAGGAGCUGUUGGUAAAAUUGUUCGUUUUCCAAUCAGCUCUGCAGCUGCUGCUCAUAAUUCAGAUCAGCCAAAAUUGAUGGUUGUUUCGAGACCUAAACAACCUACCGCAACCAUUGCUUCAACGUCAUUUGACAGCCCAGCAACGACAGACGCAGCAUUGGCAGCGCUAGCAGCCGAAGCUGGUUUAAUUGACCCAGAGCCAGAUAAGGACCAAGCAGCUUCAAAAGAAGAAAUCGAAUCAGAAUCUAUGGAGAAAACAGGAUCCGAGGCUAGUGAAAAUGUUGGCACUCCUAUGGAAGUAGCCAGUGGGCUUGUUGGAGGUUCUAUGGUACCUACCAAGCUCACGUUGAAAGGCGGAAGAUUAGGACUUAAAGGUGGAUCUAGGUUACCUCCUAAAGACUUUAGGUUUCGACUGGGUCUGUUUGGAGGAAGCAAAGACGAGCAAGAAGUGAGUAACCAAACAAAACCUGCAACAACUCAAGCCGAAGCAGAUUCUACCCAGACUCUAAAUGGAGCUCUAAAACCUGCGGAGUCGGAAGAGAGUGACAAAAUGGACCUGGACCUAGAUAUCAAAACUGAACUUGACGAAAUCAAACAAGAGGAGGCAGACCUUGAUGAUAGUAGCUUGAAGAUGGAACCUGAUAGUGGGUUUGAUAGUUCAUUCACUGGAGAUAGUCAACAAACUGGGGAGAGUUCUUUGGAUGAGCAGAAAGAUGAUAGUGUCAGCGACGAUCCUUUGACAGCGUUAGCAUCCGCUGCUUUGGACCAUUCAAAAGAGUACAAGAAGACUGAGCCGACCGACUCUGAACAGCCAGCGAAGGACACCUGGUAUACAGUUGGGUUUGUCAAGGGCAGCAGUUUUGACGUCAAUAAUUAUUUCUUGUUAGAAGACGACAUUGCCGAUUUGACAAUUAACAACUUACCAGACCUUUCACACUAUCCCAAAAUGAAUUUGGAACCGGGUACGGCAUACAAGUUCCGAGUGGCAGCCAUCAAUUCUGUGGGCAGAGGCGAAUGGAGUGAGGUUUCUGCAUUCAAAACGUGUCUGCCUGGAUUCCCCGGUGCCCCAUCAGCAAUCAAAAUAGCAAAAUCAGCAGAUGGUGCACAUCUGUCAUGGGAACCUCCAAGCACCAACCAGGGUGAAAUUCUUGAAUAUUCUGUUUAUCUAGCAGUCAGAGGAAAGGACAAAACGAAUCCUCCUGGGCAGUUAGCGUUUGUAAGAGUUUACUGUGGUCCGAACAAUAUGUGUGUUGUAAAUUCUACGUCUCUUGCCGCAGCUCACUUGGACACAUCGACGAAAGCGGCGAUUAUUUUCAGAAUUGCAGCUAAGAAUGACAAGGGAUAUGGUCCUGCUACUCAAGUUAGGUGGCUGCAAGAUCCACAAUCGACAAAUAAACCUACGAAACGCGUACCCGACGGUGUACAGCAAGUUAAAAAAAUUAAAUAUGAGGAAGAAAUGUAAACGGAUGUGUUGAUGCUUUAUGUAAAGUAGUAUUACGUGAAAAAUGACUUUAAUUUUAUAAUUUAAAGAUGUGUAUCAAUUCGUACCCAAAGUGUAGUAUUUUAUUCGUAUAUUUUUUUUACAAGACGAAUUUGUUAGAUUGUACCUAGCUGAUUAUUUAAAGGAUAUAUCAUUUCCUUCUUUCACUGAAAAUGCUUGGUAUCAAAGUUAUUACUGGUAACUCAUUUUAAUUUUCUUUAUGUUUAUAUGUAAUUUUUAUGUAUUUAUAAUACCUUUUUCAACUUAGUUUAUAGGCUGUCAAAGUCUGCUAAAAUUUCUUUAUUAUCAUGAUUCUUCUUCAGAACAUGCAAAACUGUGUAUUAGACAUACAAGAAGUAGAAAAUGUGUCGUUGUAAGCACAUUGUAACUGAUCAAUUCUUUGGAGCAUCUAGAUGCUUCUUCCGAGGAAUAUCUAAAAUUGGAAGCAUCUCGAUAUUCUGUGAAUAAAUACUGUGCUGAAAAUUGAAAAUGUGCAUUUAACAAGUAAAUUUCUCGUAAACAUCUAUUUUCAUGGAUUGAAAGCACAUUCACAAAAAACACUUUGUCAUCAUGAAAAGCUAUGCUAUCGGAGAAAUUGACAAUUAGAUGGAAAAAUGUGUAUUGCAAAGCAUGCGGGUUCGUAAGGGUUUUCGGUCUUGAAAAUAACGCAAUGUCAAGUUGUUCGCGUGAAUGAAAUUUUAUCAUUUCAUUAUCUCAGACUAUGGAAUUUAAACUUUCGUCAACAUUUUUAUUUUAGAAUCAGGUUGGACCCUUGAAAUUUGCAUAUUUAGUAUAAUUUUGUGUACAAUUUUGAGGAUUUGGGAAAAUUUACUAGUUAUCUCUGGAGGAUGGUCCCCCUCCACCUCUGGAAAAUUUCUAUGUGCGCCCAUGCCCAAGGUCACAGUUAUGAUAUGUUUAUCCAAAAUUAACCCAUUUUCAAGUACCCAACUUGCUGUCUUCAUAUGAACGCAUUCUUACAACACUUGCUAGUCCAAAUCUAUAAUAAAAAAUUUAAUUCUCAUUAUAAUUGUGUUUUCAUUUUUAUAUUCAGUGUUUCAUUAUAAAUUUGAAGAAAGAUCUGUUGCAACAAGGCGUUCGUCUGAAAAUAGUAAGGUAAAUAAAAUCCACAAUGAGUGAAUUUUGGACAAAAAUGCGAACCUUGGGCUAUGAUACAAUCAACCUCUAAAAUAAAAAGACAGUCUAAAAUAUAUAUGCUCUGAACACCGACUAUUAAAAAAUUCUCGGUGGUUCCGAAAUAAAUGAAAAAACUGUAUACCGUCAAUACAGGGUGUCCGCAAAGUUGGGGUGAUGUGUAGUGAAACGAGGGCGACCAAGUAAAAAAAAAUAAAGGAAAAAGUACUCACUCUCCAGUUGACGAGAAGGGCUAAGUACGUCUCUGCCCGAAAUCAUACCGCUCCAACAGAAAAUGAAAUCAGCUGAUGCGCUACCGAGCAGACGCAGGCAAACAAGGAAGGCAAAAUGUUGCGUAAAAAGUCUAGGUAUUGCAUCCCGUCCAAUCGAUUUGGGAGAAUAAACCAUGCCAGCCCGAACAUUCACCGAAAAUGUUUGUUGAAAAUGUGCCCGACGGACAGCGUGCGGAUUUUCUACUGACCAAACAUGAGUGUUGCGAAAGUUAUUCACCCCAUUACGCGUGAACGUAGAUUCGUCUGUCACCAAUAUGCACUUCAAAAAGUCCGGAUUAUUGUCAUGUUGAUGCAACAACCACUCACAAAACCGCACUCUUGCUGGAAAAUCGUCAGGUUGAAGGGCUUGUACACGUUGGACGUGAAACGGAUACAGCCCCUCUUCACGCAGCGUUUGCCACACUUCAGUUUUUGAUACUUGCCACUUCUCUAGCCACGUCUCUAGUGCUUGUUGAGGGAUUCUCGUCUACGCGAUUACCUCUAGACGCGUGACCGUAACCGUCGGUUGAAGGUUGCAUACUGACCUGACACACUGGCCCCGACCCAGUUCUGUCGUCGGGUUGAGCUAGUGUCCUAGUACCAGUCGGGGAUGUCGCGGCUACAGGACGGUAUUCAGAUAUUUUUGAUGUUGCAGAGCCCUUUAUCUCGGUUCCCUUAAGACAUUGGUGUAUAUGGUACUAAGAAAAAUUGCUUAUGUUUUCAAGAUCUACACGUCGUGUAAAGGAAAACCCCAACUUUGCGGACACCCUGUAUAAUCAUCUUGAAAUAUGAGCUGUCAGGUCUGAAAACUAGCUUAAGGGCCUUUGUCCUUUCGAGUAAAUUCUCUAAUCUAAAUGUUUACAUCAUCUAUGUUUUAGAAUUGAAUUGUAUUUCUUCUAAACAUUGAUUGGUUGAUUGAACCCAGUAUUUGUAACUUUUGUAAUUUUCAUGGGAAAAAGGUAAUGUCUCUCCAUGAAUUUAUCCUGCUUUGGUCCCCGGUACUUUGUGCUAGUAUUUCAACUGCAUAAUUAUUAGAGCUUUCAAGAAUUAAAUCAUAAAAACCAUCAUCGGCUAGCAAAUUGAAGUAAUCUAUAGGACUAUGACCAUCUAACAAGACUUUUAAUCCUGGAGCUCCUGUAAAUGGGAUCCUUGCAACAUUGGGCGAAUCUGUUAGCCAUGUUCGAACAGAUGAAGAAGGGUCCGCUGGAAGGUUUAGAAGCUGCUGUGGAGAAGGUGGUGCAGAAGGCAGAUCUGAAAUGGGCGAUGCAGCCGGAGAAUGUGGAGUAGGAGAUGGAGAAGCAGUGGGUAAAUCGGGAAUAUGGGCUUGCUCAGGUGUCUUGGAAAGUAUUUCAUUCUCAUCAGAGGAAUCUGAAUCCGUUUCAUCUGCUAACAGUUCUAAUUCAUCGUCGGACUCUUCUAAUAACUUCAAUAAUUCGGCAUCUGACAGAGGAAAAGAAUGCGUUUUCUUAGCCCUCUUUGCUUUGGGCUGAGAAGGACCCGCUUCACAAUUUUCAUUGUCCAUGUUCACUCUUUCUGUGAAUUGUUUUAUUUAGAAACCAAUCUGCAAAAAAAAUGUAAAAAUAAGUGACAUUUUCCCUUUUUUAUAAAAAAAUAGUUUUAAGUAAUUAUUUACAUAAAAUAAUACCUACUUCUGACCGAAAUCAAUAUCGAAACACUAAGCAACAAAAAUUAUGCCAUAUGCCGUCAACGCGGUAGCCGCGUUGUACUGUAUAAAAAAAGCUCAUUACAAUGAAUAAUAAAACUACUGACACUAUAACUACAUUUUAAUUACCAACAAAAUUGAAAAAAAUAUAAGUAUUUAAACACGUCUUACCCGGUAUAUUCACUUCAGACAAUAAAUAUAGGCCAGCAGAAACGAAAUAGAGCAAAACGCAAACCAAUUCUUAUUUUCACAACUAUACACCUGUUUACUAUAUGCCUGCCUGAAAUAAACUGAUUGUGCGGUAUGCCGACAAAAUUCCAGCCGUAUAUAUCACCACAGAUACAGCACGCGGGAGCCGCGUGCCUGGCACAUGGUCAAGAACAUAAGAACGCGGGAGCCGCGUUGGUGGCAGUGAACGUGUUAAUUGAAUUGUAUUUCUUCUAAACAUUGAUUGGUUUUGACCCAAUAUUUGUAACUAUUGUAAUUUUCAUGGGAAAAGGAACCCCAGAAGGAAGUGCUAUAUCCCAAGUAAUUUUUGAAUGAAUACGAUUUACAGUGGUGGUUACUUGAUUUAAACAAAAUUCCUAUCGGUGUCGUAGAUACUGAAAUAUUUUGCCAUCGUUUGUGUAACCGGUACUGUAUAUUUCACGCAGUUUCUAUAUUACAGUUACACACAAGCAAAAUGAAUGUCAUUGCUGUUCUUGGUUAAAACUUCUAUUUUGUAUCCGAUAGUAUGACGUUUUUAUUGUACUAUUUUCUAUAAUAUAGUGUUUAACUUUGGUCCGUUUUUUAUUAUAUAUACUUUUUAAGGUUAAUUAAUUUGUUGUAUUGAUCUACCUUUUUGUUCAUAUGAGCUGAAGUUGUACAAUGUAUAUAUAUAAAGUUGUAUUUUAAUCAAUAGUAAAAUUUAAAUUAUGAUUAAUAAUGAAGUUAAAAAGCGUUACUUCUAUUUUUACUAUUUAAGACAAAUCAUCAAUUUUACCGGACAUUGAAACAUUUUUUCAUUUAAGAAAGCAAUACUAGUGUAUUUCAUAGCUGGAAUAGGCGCAUUUCAUAAUUUUAUUUAUGCCUUUAUCAUAAUAAAUAAAACCACUUUAAUCUGACCAUAUUCUUUUUUUAUGGUUUGUUAUAUUUGUGUACAAAAUACCUGCUCUAAUAAAGUGGAUUUAGC